UAUGGAAAAAGUCAGGAGGGAGAAGGAAAAGUAGAGUUUUUAAAGUAUAAAAAUAGCGUCAAUAAACCAGAACUCUCUCUCUCUCUCUCUCCUGAAACCAUGGAUUUUCUUCCAUGGAAGGCUGUGGCGGCAGUAACUGUUUGUAUCCUUCAAACAUGCUUAUCAGCCAAGAUUGUGGAGACUUCUCUCUCAGAUUCUGAUAGAAUCGACAAAUUACCUGGGCAACCAGAGGUCAGUUUCCAACACUUUUCGGGAUACAUCACAGUGGAUGAAAAGCAAGAGAGAGCUCUUUUCUAUUACUUUGUUGAGGCAGAAACAGACCCAGCUUCAAAGCCCUUUGUUCUCUGGUUAAAUGGAGGGCCGGGUUGCUCUUCUGUUGGAGUAGGAGCCUUCUCUGAGCAUGGACCUUUUAGAACAAGUGGAGACAGAUUGGUCAGAAAUGAAUAUAGCUGGAACAAAGAAGCAAACAUGUUGUACUUGGAGGCACCAGUAGGAGUUGGGUUCUCUUAUUCUAUUAACACAUCUAACUAUGUGGGGGUGGAUGAUGAGAUUACUGCUAGGGACAAUCUCAUCUUCCUACAGCGUUGGUUUGUCAAGUUCCCUGAAUACAAAUGUAGAGACCUGUUUGUCACAGGGGAAAGCUAUGCUGGUCAUUAUGUUCCACAACUAGCACAGCUCAUCCUUCAGUUCAACAAGAAGGAAAAGUUAUUCAAUCUGAAAGGAAUACUUCUGGGAAAUCCUCUUCUAGAUUUCGUUACUGACUUCAAUUCGAAGGCUGAAUUUUUCUGUUUGCUCAGGAGUGAUGAGAACCAAGUCAACAAUGAAAUUAGUAUGUAUAUCGACAAAUAUGAUGUCACAAUUGAUGUCUGCCUGUCAUCUAUUUUAUCUCAAUCGAAUGCUCUCACACACCUGCAAGUUGCAGAGAAACUAGAUGUCUGUGUUGAAGAUGAAACUACAAAGUAUUUCAACCGGGUUGAUGUACAGAAGGCUCUCCACGCUCGUCUUUUGGGAGUCACCAGUUGGGUUUCUUGCAGUGAUAAUCUACACUAUAAGAAGCUCAACUUUGAGGAAUCUAUGAUUCCAGUCGUCGGCUCACUCAUCAGGUCCGGAAUUCGGAUCUUAGUUUUCAGUGGAGAUCAAGAUUCUGUUAUCCCAUUAACCGGGACAAGAACACUGCUCCAUGGAUUGGCAAAUGAAUUGGGACUGAACACAACUACAACUUACAGAGCUUGGUUUGAGGGGAAACAGGUUGGCGGAUGGAUGCAAGUUUAUGGAAAUAUCCUCUCCUUUGCAACCAUUAGAGGAGCAUCUCACAAGGCUCCAUUCUCACAGCCAGAGAGAUCACUUGUGUUGUUCAAUGCAUUUCUAAAAGGAAAACCACUACCAGAAGAAUUCCGAGCUAUCGAAUAAGUUCAUUUUAUGUAACUAACUAGUGGUGCUGUAUUUAAUAGACAGAGGGAAGCCUAUCCUCUAACCUUCAAUAUAAGGUUUUUGAAAAGAGAUGCUGAUGAUGGUAGUUUCUCCCAUCAGUCUUUCAAUA